UCUUUUUCACCCACCUAAUAUAAAUUUCUUGCAUGUCUCAACUAUUCUCCAAUUAGUAGCACAUCUUUUUCCCCCAAAAAAUGGAAUUCUUCACAAAGACUCCCGCCGUGAGGCUCAAGAGCCACCUCAACAAAUACCUCGCCGCCGCCGACGAUCAGUCGUCGACACGGCAAACCCGCCGCGGCGACACGAGGCGGACGCGCUGGCUGGUGGACCUCGUCGACACCAACCCGCACGUCGUCCGCCUCAAGAGCUGCCACGGCCGCUACCUCACCGCCGCCGCCGAUCCCUUCCUCCUCGGCAUGACCGGCCACAAAGUCCUCCAAACCUCGCCGGAAAAUCCAGCGAGGGAUUUGGCGAUCGAGUGGCAACCGAUCAGGGACGGCUUUCAGGUCAAGCUCAAGGCGGCCGCGGCCGGCACCUAUCUCCGGGCGAACGGCGGCACGCCUCCGUGGCGGAACACGGUCACUCACGACAGCGCGUGCGGCGGAGGCGCCGCCGGGGAUUGGGUUGUGUGGGACGUGGAGGGGGUGGAGGUGGCGGAGGACGAGGCGGUGGAGGAUUAUUGGUCGAUGGUGUCGAGCUUCUCGUCCGUGACGGAGGAGAUUUCGGGGCUGGAUAUCGGGUAUGGGUUCGAGUCGCCGAUGAGGUCGCCGGCGAUGACUCCGGCGACGCCGUCGAGGUGGUGGUCAAUGAAGAAGCAUCAUCAUCAUCAACAUCUCUUCUCCAUCGGGCCACGAAUGUCAGCAAUCGACUCAUUUCAGAACUCGAAAACGGUGCGGCUGAAAGGUUCGCACGGCAAGUACCUCGUGGCCGAGGACGACGAGGUCUCCGUCACGCAGGAGCGCAGCGGCGACUCAAAAUCGGCCAAAUGGGCUGUCGAGUUCGUCGAGAGCUCCGACACCAUAAUCCGCCUGAGGAGCUGCUACGGCAAGUACCUCACGGCGUCGAAUCAGCCGUUUCUGCUUGGGAUGACGGGGCGCAAGGUGCUGCAGACGCUGCCCCCGCGCCUCGACAGCUCCGUCGAGUGGGAGCCGAUCAGGGAGAGCGGCGCCGUCAAAUUGAAGACUAGGUACGGGCAUUUUCUGCGGGCUAACGGCGGGCUUCCGCCGUGGAGGAACUCGAUCACGCAUGAUAUUCCGCAUCGGACGGUCACAAGAGACUGGAUUCUUUGGGAGGUUCAGGUUGUGGAGUUUCUGCCGCCGCCGCAGAUCGUGGUGGAAAAGGAGGAUUGUUUUGCCUCCGACGAGACCUCGCCGACCACUAGCCAGUCGUCUCAGUCUGCUAGCUUUUCUAGGCCAGAGUGGGAUGGUUCGCCUCCAAAGGGAAGCGAUGGCAGGCUGAUCUAUUUCCAACUAGCCAAUGAGUAUGGCGAAGUCGAGAAUGAGUCUGAGGAGCUCUGCAUUGCAUUCAAGGGCUUCCAAGUGAGUGAACUGGCGGGCAGGCUGGAGGAUGAGCUGGGAAUCCCUGGCCUCACUGUCUGCACCAAAAGCCCAUUGAACGGGAAGCUCUACCCUCUCCGCCUCCACCUCCCUCCCAACAACGCAACCAUGCACGUUAUCGUGCUCCCCCCUUCAUCAAAAGUGAGUGAAGAAUCGAAGAAGACUGUGGAAGUAUUGUAGAAGGAGCUCAGAAAUAUAAACAGUUUUGCAUGUUUGAUAGUUAAACCUCGGAAGAUACAUAAAAAUCCUCAAGAUUUUUGGUUCGUAUAAAGUGAUAAUGUACAAGGUAAUAAAUGUUAAGUGUAAUUGCUAGUUUCUUAUGUUCCCUCCCCCUUUUUUUCAUCAAUAUAUAUCUCUAUAAAUGGGAUAUUAUGGUGUUUGGAACAGUUAAUUUAUGAUUGGCUGAUGAGUUUGUUGAUAAUGUAAUAAUGUCUUCAAUCA